AUGUCGUCCACCGGCGUUGAACAUACCACUCAGUACCCCACGAGUUACCAACCUCAUCAACAACUUGGAUCUCACAACCCAUACAAUCCCCAGAGCGGCUACGUCGGGCAGUCACAACAGUACAACGAUCACUAUGGGCAACACUCCACGGAGCCUUUCAACCGGCAAACGAAUUCUUCGCCCUACCAACAGCAACAAUACGGCGCCAAUGCCUAUUACUACAACCCAGAGAGUCAACCUGCUGACUUUCAACCGUCUGAGGAUGAACGGGGUCUCGGGUCUACCGUGACAGGCGGCGCAGCUGGGGGAUAUGCCGCUCACCAGAUGGGAGGUGGAAAAUUGGCGACUGCUGGAGGUGCGCUUCUUGGAGCUGUUGGCAUGAACAUGGCGACCCACAAGUAG